UGGCGGCAAAGCAUGGGCUGCGGCAAUGGCGGCCGGAAAUCAUUCAAUUCCCAAUGGAGAGCUGGACGGAGGGGGCUCAGAUUUGCUUGUAGAGGGUCAGGAGUGUGUGGCGCAGCUACUGGCGGGUGGAAUCAAGGAGCGGUGGAGUGGAGCACACGGAUUUUGUGCGGUGGGGCUCAGCAGUUUUGGGGAGGAGCAGAGCAACCUGAGAAGAAGAGGGCAUUUUGAUCCAAAUAUCCUUAUAAACACAUCGAAAAGGGUAAGUAAUGGUAUAUUUUUAAAAUAUAAAAAUUGUAAUAGUAAAUAGUAAUAGUAUAUCUCAAAAUUACGAUGAUUGUAAUAGUAUAUAUCCAAUUAACCUAUAAAUUUAUGUGGCAUUAAAUGGCACGACAAAGCAUUUUGGAUAUGCGCACAAGUUUUAAUGGGUGAGGGCCGUGCACUACGUGGCUUCGCCGGACGAGCGUGGGCCGGGCCGGAAAUCUGAAAAUCCGUUGCAUUUGGUGGGCUGCGACCAAGAUCUGUGAUGUGAAGAAGCACCAGGCCGCGUCUGGCCGCAGCUCAGAGCUUCCUCUCCGCCGCCCCACCCGAUGGCGCCGCCGCUCGCCGGCGUCGUCCGCCUCGCCGCGGCCUCCCGCGUGCUGGUCCUGGCCCUCUCCAUCCUCGCCCGCCUCCUCUUCCGCCCCUACGACACCUCCGCAUCGCUCAGCCCGCCCUGCCUCUCGUCCCCCGCGUCCUCCUCGGAUCCCAACGCGUCCGUCUCCGCCGCCGUCUCGUCGCUGGCCGUGUGGGACGGCGUCCACUUCGCCCGCCCCGCCGAGUGCGGGUACGAGUACGAGCAGUCCUUCGCCUUCCUUCCGCUCCUCCCGGCCUCCCUCGCGCUUCUCGCCCGAUCCCUGUUCGCGCCGCUGGUGCCGGUGCUGGGGUACAGGGCCGUGCUCGUGCUCUCCGGGUAUGUCCUCAACAACGUGGCGUUCGUCGCCGCCGCGGCCUACUUCUACAGAUUGUCUGUGUUGAUCUUGAAGGACCGGAGAGCAGCUUAUCGAGCAUCUGUUCUGUUCUGUUUCAACCCCGCUUCUGUGUUUUACUCAUCAUUGUAUUCGGAAAGUCUUUAUGCACUGUUUUCUCUUGGAGGACUGUUCUACCUGUUUUCGGGUGCUAAUACUGUUGCAGUGAUAAUGCUCGCCCUCUCUGGUUCAGCUAGGUCAAAUGGAGCACUUAAUGCUGGUUAUUUCUGUUUUCAGGCCUUGCUACAAGCAUAUGAUGCUGCUGUCCGAAAGAAAAGGCCCUUGUUGGUGGUGCUGGCUCUUGUAGCUGCAGCUUUGCGCUCCAUUUUCAUAUUUCUACCAUUCUUUGCUUUCCAAGCAUAUGGAUAUUUGAGCAUAUGCGUUCAUGGGAGCUCUGAGGAAUUGAGGCCAUGGUGCAAAGCAAAAGUUCCGCUUUUGUAUGGCUACAUUCAAAGCCACUACUGGGGAGUUGGUUUCUUGAGAUACUUCCAAGUGAAGCAGCUGCCAAACUUUCUUUUGGCCUCACCAGUAUUGUCGCUUGCAAUUUAUUCAAUCAUUCAUUACACAAAAAUUCUUCACCAACUUUUGCAAACAACUAGCAUUCACAGGCAGAUUAUCACUGCUCUUGAGGGAAGGUCACUUGAGUUAUAUAAAAGAACAGAUGAUAUGCCAGUGUUGAGGAGUGAACUUCCUGCUGGACUCACUAAUAAAGCUCAUGGAAACUCUAAGGUUAAACAGAGAAAGUCAGUUGCCACCGAGACAGCUUCUGCCCCGUUCCAUGACACACUGUACACUAACCAAAAUAUCAAAGAGAAUCAAGAUGAGGGCUCCAUAUUACUUGUUCCAUUUGUUUUGCAUCUGGCAUUCAUGACAUUCACAGCUUUCUUUGUAAUGCACGUCCAGGUAUCAACACGGUUUUUGUCUGCUAGUCCCCCGAUUUACUGGGCUGCUGCUCACAUUUUGGCUUCCCCAAACUGCUGCUCCAAAAGAUGGGGCUACUUGAUAUGUGUUUAUUUCAUUGCGUACAUUCUUCUAGGUAGUCUACUGUUCUCCAACUUCUACCCCUUCACAUAAGAACCGUGGCGUUGCAAUAUCCAACAGUGAACUGCGCAACAGUGGCCUCGGGUGGAUUAACUCAACUAGUUGGAGCUUAAGGUUUCCAUAGGUAGGCACUCUCCAGGUUCAGCAGAUAUAUAUGUUGACUCACUUGUAUGGAACUUGCUUGGCUGACAUUUUCUUUAUAUAUACAAUAUAUCAGCCAAUGUAUUAUUCGUUCUACUUGUUGGAACAGGUUUUUGUAAUUCUUGA